UUGCAUUGCAAUCCCCCUGCCUUCCUCUCUUUUCUCCAGAUCAAUGCAUAUUUGCAAAAGGAUUAAGCCACAGAUUUAAGCUGUGAGAGCCCAUUUCUGUUUUGCAAAGGAGCCGGGACUAAAAACAAUCCCAAAUCCAGCUCUGAUUUCUUUUCACCAAGUGGGAAGGUGGUUUAUUUUUCUUGCUUUUUGGAGUCAACACCCUUCCUCAUCAGCCCUCAUCCCCACCCUCACCCUGCAACCCUUUCACGCCCCCCCCUUCCUUUCCCCACUCCCCAUCCUCCCACCAUCCUCUAAAAGAGGCAAAGGGAUUUUUUUUUUUGGUCUCCCCCCCACCCCCUUUAUUCUGAAAAGGAUUUGGAGACAGCUUGAACGAUAAAAAGCCUUGGUAGUUCCAAGGAACCGAGCCGAAGAGAAGAAGAGGAAACAGGGGCUGCUGUUGCCUUUCGAGAUGGAUGAUCAGCCCAGGUUGAUGCAUUCCCAUGCUGGGGUGGGGAUGGCAGGACACCCCGGCCUGUCCCAACACUUGCAGGAUGGGGCUGGAGGGACCGAGGGGGAGGGAGGGAGAAAGCAGGACAUUGGAGACAUUUUACAGCAAAUUAUGACCAUCACAGACCAGAGUUUGGAUGAGGCGCAGGCCAGGAAACACGCUUUAAACUGCCACAGAAUGAAGCCUGCCUUGUUUAAUGUGUUGUGCGAAAUCAAAGAAAAAACAGUGUUGAGUAUCCGAGGAGCCCAGGAAGAGGAGCCAACGGACCCCCAGCUGAUGCGAUUGGACAACAUGCUGUUGGCAGAGGGGGUAGCAGGGCCUGAGAAGGGGGGAGGAUCUGCAGCGGCAGCAGCGGCAGCGGCGGCAUCCGGGGGAGCUGGCUCAGAUAACUCUGUCGAGCAUUCCGACUACAGAGCCAAACUCUCACAAAUCCGACAGAUCUACCAUACAGAACUGGAGAAAUAUGAACAGGCAUGCAACGAGUUCACUACCCAUGUGAUGAACCUGCUUCGUGAGCAGAGCCGGACCCGGCCCAUCUCCCCGAAGGAGAUCGAAAGAAUGGUGAGCAUCAUCCAUCGCAAAUUCAGCUCCAUCCAGAUGCAGCUCAAGCAGAGCACGUGUGAAGCAGUCAUGAUCCUACGCUCACGGUUUUUGGAUGCGAGGCGGAAGAGACGAAACUUCAACAAGCAAGCCACAGAAAUCCUGAAUGAGUAUUUCUAUUCCCAUCUCAGCAACCCUUACCCCAGUGAGGAAGCCAAAGAGGAGCUAGCCAAGAAAUGUGGCAUCACGGUCUCACAGGUGUCAAACUGGUUUGGAAAUAAGCGAAUCCGGUACAAGAAGAACAUAGGUAAAUUUCAAGAGGAAGCCAAUAUUUAUGCUGCCAAAACGGCUGUCACGGCUACCAAUGUGUCAGCCCAUGGAAGCCAAGCUAACUCACCCUCAACUCCCAAUUCAGCUGGUUCUUCCAGUUCUUUUAACAUGUCAAACUCUGGAGAUUUGUUCAUGAGCGUGCAGUCACUCAAUGGGGAUUCUUACCAAGGGGCCCAGGUUGGAGCCAACGUGCAGUCACAGGUGGAUACCCUUCGCCAUGUUAUCAGCCAGACAGGAGGAUACAGUGACGGACUUGCAGCCAGUCAGAUGUACAGUCCGCAGGGCAUCAGUGCUAAUGGAGGUUGGCAGGAUGCUACUACCCCUUCAUCAGUGACCUCCCCUACAGAAGGCCCUGGCAGUGUUCACUCUGAUACCUCCAACUGAUCUCCCAGCAAUUGCAUCCCUGACUGACCUCCUGCCCCAAAUGGGGGGUGGGGGCAGGAGGGAGGGUUUCUCUCCCCAACGCUGAAGCAGUCAGACUGGAGGUCGAAGCAAUCAGCAAACACAAUAAGAGUCUCCUUCUCUUCUCUUCUUCGGGAUGCUAUUUCAGCCAAUCUGGACACUUCUUUCUACUCUCUUCCC